AAUAAAGUUGAAGAGGAAUGCGACACUCUAGUACGUAGUAUAUAAAUUCUUGCUUGUAUAGGAUUAACACUCAUCAUUGUUUGUAUUUAAAAUAAUGAAGCAAACAAUGAUGAGAAUGUUACUGCAUUUUCUUUUGGUAUUGUUUGGUGUCCUUACUACUUUUGUUUUGAUACAAGCUCAGGAUCAAUCAGGAUUCAUUAGCAUAGAUUGUGGCCUACCUAAAGAUAUCAACUAUUCUUCGUUGGACACAGGCAUAAAUUAUAUUUCAGAUGCCAAAUUCAUAGAUGCAGGUGUAAGUAAGAAAAUAGCAGAGACUGAUAUUAAACAGGAACUACAAUAUGUGAGGAGCUUUCCAAGUGGAGUGAGAAAUUGUUACAGAAUAAAUGUAACAAGUGGUAUUAAAUAUUUAAUCAGAUCUUCUUUCUAUUACGGAAACUAUGAUGAUUUAAAUGAGCCACCAGAAUUUGAUCUUCAUUUUGGACCUAAUGUUUGGGAUACAGUGAAGUUAACUAAUAUAUCACACAUCACAGACAGUGAGAUCAUAUACACUCCAUUAUUAGAUUACAUACAACCAUGUCUUGUUAACACAGGAAAAGGGACUCCAUUCAUUUCAGUUAUAGAAUUGAGGACUUUGAACAAUGAAGUUUAUGUCACAAACUCAGCUAAAUCAGUAGUAUCACCCUUGAGACGAUCUGAUGUAGGUUCCAUCGCAAACGAAUACAGGUACAAAGAUGAUGUUUAUGACCGGAUCUGGUUUCCUUCUAAUUCUAGUUUUAAACGAUUACACAUCUCACCUGGCACUGCUAGUCUAUUACUUGGGAAUAAUUAUGAACUACCAGCAAUUGUGAUGAACACUGCUGUUACAUCAGAAACUCCCAGUGCCCCUUUAAAUUUUUCAUGGGAAGCAGAUAAUGUAAAUGACCAAUUCUAUCUCUACAUGCACUUUAAAGAGGUUGAAGAGCUGGCAGCAAAUGAAACCAGAUCAUUUAAUAUCACAGUGAAUGACAAGUUUUGGUAUGGAAAUGUGACGCCAAAAUCACUAUAUACUACUGCAUUUAGUACAAAACCUUUGACUGGAGCCACAAGGUAUCUAUUUUCCCUUUCUAAGACAGAGAAUUCAACCCUUCCACCAAUCCUCAAUGCCUAUGAGGUUUAUAAAGUAAAACUUUUCUCGCAAUUGGAAACUCAUCAGGAUGAUGUUGAUACUAUCACAAACAUCAAGAAUACUUAUGGGGUGACUAGAAAUUGGCAAGGAGAUCCAUGUGGUCCUGUGAAUUAUAUGUGGGAAGGCCUAAAUUGUAGUAUUGAUGGCUAUAGCAUCCCAAGAAUCACAUCUCUGAAUUUGGCUUCAAGUGGAUUGACAGGGGAGAUACCAUCUUCCAUCUCAAAGCUCACUAUGUUAGAGUACUUGGAUUUAUCAAACAAUAGCUUAAACGGCCCAUUACCUGAUUUUCUGAUGCAACUGCGGUCUCUGAAAGUCUUAAAUGUGGGGAAGAAUAAACUUGUAGGGUUAGUCCCAAUUGAAUUCCUUGAUAGAUCAAAAUCAGGUUCACUAUCACUGAGUGUGGAUGAUAAUCCUGAUCUUUGCAUGACGGAAUCCUGCAAAAAGAAGAACGUUGUUGUACCACUUGUUGCAUCUUUAUCAGCAUUAGCUGUAAUUCUUUUGAUUUCUCUUGGAAUUUGGUUGUUUAGAAGAAAAACAGAUGAAGAUACGUCUCCAAAUUCUAAUAAUAAGGGUUCAAUGAAAUCAAAACACCAAAAAUUCAGUUAUACCGAAAUUCUUAAAAUUACGGAUAACUUCAAAACUAUCAUUGGAGAAGGAGGAUUUGGAAAAGUUUACUUUGGCAUUCUAAAAGAUCAAACUCAAGUCGCUGUUAAGAGGCUUUCACCAUCAUCAAAGCAAGGUUAUAAGGAAUUUCAAUCAGAGGCACAACUUCUAAUGGUUGUUCAUCAUAGAAAUUUGGUCCCCCUACUUGGAUAUUGUGAUGAAGGUCAAACCAAAGCAUUGAUUUACAAAUACAUGGCCAAUGGAAAUCUCCAACAAUUAUUAGUAAAAAAUUCAAAUAUCCUAAGUUGGAAUGAGAGGCUUAACAUUGCAGUUGACACAGCCCAUGGAUUGGAUUAUCUGCAUAAUGGAUGUAAACCACCUAUUAUGCAUAGAGAUUUGAAGCCUUCCAACAUACUACUAGAUGAGAAUUUUCAUGCAAAGAUUGCUGAUUUUGGUUUAAGUAGAGCUUUUGGUAACGACGAUGAUUCUCAUAUAUCCACACGCCCUGGUGGUACAUUUGGUUACGUUGAUCCAGAAUAUCAGAGAACAGGAAACACAAAUAAAAAAAAUGAUAUCUACAGCUUUGGGAUAAUUCUAUUUGAGCUGAUCACCGGCCGAAAAGCACUAGUAAAAGCAUCCGGAGAAAAAAUUCACAUACUUCAAUGGGCUAUUCCUAUAAUUGAAAGUGGAAAUAUUCAAAACAUUGUUGAUAUGAGAUUGCAGGGUGAAUUCAGCAUUGAUUCUGCAUGGAAAGUUGUUGAGGUAGCCAUGGCAUGCAUUUCUCAAACUGCAACUGAAAGGCCAGACAUAAGCCAAAUAUUAGCAGAGCUAAAGGAAUGUCUAUCUUUGAGCAUGGUUCAGAGAAAGCGUGGAAGCACAAGAUCUAGAGAUGAAUUGGUUUCUUUCGCUACUGUAUCAGAAACCACUAUUUUAGCUAGAUAACCACCCAUUAUAAUUAUAUUUUUGUCCUAUAUUAAGUGUUACGCUAAAUGUCCUAGUAUGUUAGUUCUUGUUGUGUUAAAUAUAAUGUAUAGUAUGGAAGUUUUCUAGGAAUCAAAAAAUUAGUGUACCAACUACUAUAGUAUGAGUGAUGGAUGCUUAAUUAGAAGUACUAAUGUGCAUGGAAAGUUAAAUAAA